AUGAAUUUUAGAUCGCUAUUGUUUUUUGCAAGUUUUAUUGGCAUCGAAAUAUGUUCAGGAGAGAAACAACGCCACGAGUUUCAAUCGCACAUGGGACAUCUGAACGAGAUACCGAAAAGAUUCGAGAUAAAGGGGGAAAAUGCCGGAAUCGAGUUUAAAAAGUACAUAAGUGACAUCACGGACUUGGCGAACAAAGCGAACGUGUCGGUCAAGUACAAGGUCAAGGUUGAAACAAUGAAACCAGAGAAGAAAUAUUACGCGAAGAAGCAGAAAUCAAAGAUGACGAAAUCACACAGGGCCAAGUCGAAGAAAUACAAUGUACCGCUGAAGAAUAUGAAGCUCUCCAAUUUCGAAUUGGUCAUGAGGAAGCACGUCGACUCAGCUGCGUCCAGGGCCCUCGAAGACGAGGAUCUUGUGACAGCUGCGACGGAGAAGCAGCCGAUGGUAUUCACCACCAGGUCCCUGAGGAUGGGAAAGUACAAACCGGUGAUGAGUCACAUUAAAACAAACUACACGAAAAUCGUGCGGCCUGUACGAAAUAAAGUCAUCACGCUAACUGCU